GCAAGGGUGCCGUCAGAGUUGCCGCCUUCGAAAGCACGGCUUCAUGGAUACCGACUGAAAUCAUAUGAAAAUAACGCACUACCGGAAAAAAUGGGGUCGGAGGCCUAAUCGUCCUCCUUGGACGACCUUUAGAAAGCGACGUCGGAGGCCUAAUCUCCCCCGAAGACUACGCCCCCAACAAAAUCCCUAACCCCUUCCAACCCAGCCGCCCCUCCUGCUCGUCGAACCUGGAGACGGCGGCGCCGGCCGUCGGGAAGGUGACUAGCUUGUGAAGGGCCCUUGUGAAGGCCGCCGGCGCCUUCUCGUCGAAUAAUCGCGAUUCCCAGAAGAGGGUCUCUUCUUUGUUCGAAAGGAAAGGCCCUAGCUUCCCUUUUUGUAGUGACGGUAAGUUACUCUGCAGCCCAAGUUUCCAGUUGCUGCUCCAGGCACCCGCGGUAGGCAGAAAGACGGACGUUCUGUGACGUUGGAUAUGGAGGAAGCUUCAAAGGAGAAACCGGUGGGGGACCAGUACAGGUCUUAUUUAGUGGGAGAAGAAGGAGAUGACACCCACUGGAGGCUUGGAUCUCCUCCAACGUAUGAUCUUGUCAACAAGCUCUUCGAAGAAGGAAGGACGAAGGUCUGGCCAAAAGGGUCGCUGGAAGAGAAGGUACAGAACGCGAUCAAAACGUGGGAGAUGGAGUUCUCUCAUAAGACCCGGCUAGAAGACUUCAAGACCAUCAACCGGGAGAAGUUCAAAUUCAUUGUGAAUGGAAGGCAGGCGUUAUCAGCCGAGGAGACGUUGAAGCUGGGGAGUUACAACGCGCUGCUGCAGAAUUCCCAGCCGGAGGAGGACUUGGAGAGCUUUGAGUCAUCGCACGAGUUGUUCCGGACGGCGUUCCCUCGCGGGUUCGCGUGGGAGGUGCUGCAUGUGUACUCGGGCCCUCCGGUGAUCGUGCUCAAGUUCAGGCACUGGGGAUACAUGGAAGGGCCUUACAAAGGUCAUGCACCAACCGGGGAAAAGGUUGAGUUCUAUGGAAUGGCUAUCCUCAAGGUAGAUGAGCAUUUGAGGGCAGAAGAGCUGGAGAUCUACUAUGAUCCAGCAGAAUUGAUUGGAGGCUUUCUCAAGGGUCCAUUGCUUUCCCCAAGUGAACACCUCCAAGUAGCAGCCACCUCUGGAGAGGUUGCCGCGACUGGUUCUUCUAGCGGUGCUGCAACCUCUCGAGCAUGCCCAUAUUUCAAGGGGUAAUAAGGGCUCAAUGUGCAGCCUCCAAUAAAGUGGAGCCUUCUCAUAUGGUUAUGCAUAUGAAUCGUAUAAAAUAUUUGUGAGCGUAUGUAUAUGUAUGUAUGUAUGUAUGUACCUAUUGAACAUUUGCUUUAAAAUGUCCUAUUGAACUUAUCAUAUUGUUGUAUUA